CAUUACAUUCAGGAAUUAACAAUGCUGUCUUACAUAAGACGGGAUUCAUAAAAAGCUUACAGGUCAAAAAAAAGAUCUUUGGGGAAGACUCACUGUCAGGGUUCAGGUCCAAAGAGACUUUUUCACAGGAGGAUCUCAUCUCAGGGAAGAGUAUGAUAAAACAGGUGAUAAUUGGGGUUGUGUGUGGUGCUGCCGUACUGACCGUAGGCAUCCUAAUUGGUCACUUUGGUAUUGCCAAGAGCGGCACCUCUGCACCAUCGUGGCUGAAAGAUGUGGCCAAGGAUGUGGAUGAGAGCCUCAUUGAGAAGUUCAUGUCGGAGGUGGACAACAUUCAGAUUCAGGAAAAUCUCAGGAGCCUGACAAAAGUGCCCCAUAUGGCUACCACAGCUGGAGAUGAGGAGACUGUACAGAUAAUGCUUAAGAGAUGGCAAGACCCUGAAACUGGACUAGACAAGGCCUGGAGAGAGGAGUACUGGGUCUACCUGUCCUUCCCUGACAAAAAUAACCCUAAUACAGUCACUGUAGUGAGCCCAACCAAUACGGUGCUGCACACAAUAAGAGAAAAAGAAAAGCCUUACACUCCGGACCAAAGCGAUCCUGAGGUGGUUCAGCCGUACGCAGCAUACUCCCCUGCAGGACAUGUAAAGGGGAAAUUGGUUUAUGCCAAUCAGGGGAAGCCAAGUGACUACAGCGAACUGAACAAGACAGUGGACCUCAGAGGAACUAUUGCUAUCACCAAAUAUGGUGGCGCAGGAAGAUCGGCUAAAGCCAUCAAUGCAGCACCAUAUGGCGUCGUUGGAGUGCUUGUCUAUACAGAUCCUUUGGACAUGAACGAUGGUCUCAUGUCAGACGCCAAUGAGACGUAUCCUCACUCCUGGUACAUGCCACCCAGUGGUGUGGAAAGAGGUUCCUACAACAUUGACUUUGGAGACUUGCUGACACCUCACUUGGCUGCCAAAGAGGAAACAUACAGAAUCAAUGCCACAGACAUUACAGGCAUUCCUCCUAUUCCAACUCAACCAAUCGGAUUUGAGGACGCCUAUCGAUUGAUCUGUGAGUUGGGAGGAGAACCAGCUCCAGAUGCAUGGCAAGGAGGAUUCAACUGUACCUACAAUUUUGGUGGUCCAGGGUUCAAACCUACAUCCAGUUUCACCAACAGUGAUGUAAAACUGGACAUCUACAACUAUGAAGAGGUGAAACCCUCCUCUAAUGUAAUGGGUUUUAUCAGAGGAAGUGUGGAGCCAGACAGGUAUGUGAUAUACGGCAACCACAGGGACAGUUGGGUUCAUGGUGCGAUAGAUCCAAGCAGCGGCACAUCAGUCAUGCUGGAAAUUACCAGGGUGCUGGGCAAGAUGGUCAAACAGGGCACCUGGAGGCCUCGCAGGUCCAUUAUUUUUGGAAGCUGGGGAGCUGAGGAGUUUGGCCUUAUUGGGUCUGCAGAAUACACAGAGCAAUACUUUGCAGCACUCAGUGAACGAAGUGUUGCUUACAUAAACGUGGACAUUGCAGUAUUUGCUAAUGCUACUCUCGGAGCUUCAGGCAUGCCAUCAAUGCAGAAUGUCAUCUUUAAAGCUUCAAAACAGGUUAAAGCACCUGGCCACGAAAAAUCUGUGUAUGACAACUGGUUACAGUACACAAACAAAACCAGCCCCACCCAUGGAUUAAUUCCCAGGAUGGGAUAUCUGACAGGAGCAGGGAGUGAUUAUGCUCCCUUCAGCCAUUAUCUAGGAAUCACCUCCAUGGACAUGUCAUACACAUAUGACAAGACUAAAACAAAUGCUCGGAUUUAUCCUGCAUAUCACACAGCAUAUGACACUUUUGACUAUGCUUCAAAGUACAUUGAUCCUGGCUUUGUCGGUCAUCAAGCUGUAGCCAGGACUGCAGGAAAUGUCCUGAUCCGACUGGCUGAUAGCUUGAUCCUGCCAUUAAACUGCGCUGACUAUGCUGAAAGUCUGGAGGAAUACCUCAGCACUGCUUUGAACCUAUAUGAGCAGAAACUUAAAACUAUGAACAUUUCAAUGGAACCCCUUAAACAUGCAGUGACCAGCUUUCGUGCUGCAGUUUCUAAUUUGGAGAAGGUGAUUCAAAGUCCAGACCUGGCAAAUGAAACGCCGCUUAAGGUUAGAUGGAUCAAUGACCAACUCAUGCUUCUGGAUCGAGCUUUCUUGGACCCUCUGGCUUUCCCAGAUAAAUAUGGAUUUAGGCAUGUUAUCUGGGCCUCAAGCAGUGCUGGCAAACAAACCUUCCCAGGUCUAGCUGAUGCCUAUGCUAAUGCUGAGUCAUCAGGGCAGGCCAGCGACUGGGACAAAGUUCACUACCACCUGUCAGUAUUAAGCCAAGCCAUACUGGGUGCCGCCAGCACACUGACUGAUGACAUGCAGACUCAAACUUGGAGGAAGUAACUGCACUAACUCAGGAAUUUAAUCAAAAUGCCAAUGGCUUUAAGCAAGAUUAAGUAUACCAGCUGUUGUUAAUAGAGGUUGGUUUUGUUUUUGAUUACUUUAUGCAGUCUUUCAGAAAUGAAUGAAUAAAAAUGGAGGAAAGAAAACUUGAAAGGCAAAUGUGUUUGGGGCACUAGUCACCAUGAGGCAGGAACAUCUUAUCAAAGGAGAUUAGACCACAGUUUUAAUUUUUCUCUUUUGGUUACAAAUGCAAAGAUGGUUUUGGUUUCUUUGGUAGAAAACUAGGUUUUGUAUCCUAUAAAUGUAUGAUAUAAAUAUUGUCUUUAUUUUUCAAAAGAAAGCUUUGAGUCUUGAGCAUAUGGUGCCACUUUCCUCCCACACAUUUGUCAGUAAUAUUUUCACAACAGUAACAGCUGAACAUAUGUAAUGAGAAUGUGCCAAGACUUUAUUAUUUGUUAAGCGCCCCACAAAGUUGUACCCCUGAACUUCUCAACUGUCUCAUAAUUAGGAAAAACAAACAUACAGAAUGCUGUAUUGUAAACUGGAUUUAAGGCCCAUAAAGGAAUGGUUAAAAAACUUCCAUUGAUGCUAUUGGAUGGUGUAAUGGCACAUGGAGCAAUAAAAUUUUACU